CAAAUGCAAACAAACAAUUGUUUAGUUUCGCUGCUUGUGUUAUCUCUAUCAAUCAAAUUUGUACAAUGCUAUUUCAGUAUAUUUUUGAAGAUAUUCUAAUUAUUUGACGUGCAUAACGAAGUUUGUAGUAGUUUCAAAUGAUCAAUUCCAUGAUUUUUUUUUCAUUGGAAAGCUGCAAUUCUUUUCAAUGGAGACACCCCGAAGGCUAGAACCACCAUGGUCAAAGUAAUUAGAAUAAUUCUUCAUGGGAACUUUUAGACACCAACUAUCUGAUCAUUAUGCUUCUCUAAUUCAAAGAACGCUGGUUAACAAAGACCCGUGUGCGGGAAAAGCGAUUCAUGCUAGUAUAAUCAAGUCGGGUAUCCAUGUUGGUGUGUUCCUUACGAACAAUCUGAUGAAUUUGUAUGCGAAAACAGGGUUUCUUGUAGAUGCUCGUCGGUUGUUCGAUGAAAUGCCUGUUAGGAACGCAUCUUCUUGGAACACGAUUAUAUCUGCUAAUGCGAAACAGGGAAGGGUUGAUUAUGCACGCCGCCUGUUUGACGAAAUGCCCGAACCUGAUUCUGUCUCAUGGACUGCGAUGAUGGUGGGUUAUAAUCAAAUGGGUCGCUUUGAAACUGCUGUCAGAAUGCUCGUCGACAUGAUAUCUUCCAAAGUAAUGCCAACACAGUACACAUUCACUAUCGUUCUUGCCUCCUGUGCUGCCAUGAACAGGUUAGAUAUCGGGAAGAAAGUUCAUUCAUUUAUUGUUAAAGUCGGGCUCAGUAACUACACCAGCGUUGCUAAUUCUCUGUUAAACAUGUACGCAAAAUCAGGCGAUCUGUUGACAGCAGAAUCUAUCUUUGGUAAAAUGAAAUCAAAAAGCACAUCAAGUUGGAAUACUAUGAUAUCAAUGCAUAUGCAAUGUAGACGGUUUGACCUUGCACUUGCUCAGUUUGACCAAAUGUCCAAUCGAGAUAUAGUUACAUGGAAUUCAAUGAUUUCAGGGUACAAUCAACACGGUUUUGACUCCGAAUCUCUUCAUAUGUUCUCGAAUAUGUUAAAGAUCAAGAAUCCAACACUCAAGCCAGAUAAAUACACGUUAGCAAGCGUUUUAUCCGCAUCUACAAACAUUAGCAGCUUAAAAUUAGGGAAACAAAUCCAUGGUCACAUUAUCAGAAUCGAAUUCGAUCUAUCUGGAGCUGUUGGAAACGCUUUGAUUUCAAUGUACUCUAAACUUGGUGACAUCAAAACAGCUCAAAAGAUUGUAGAAAAAUAUAAAACAUCAAAUGAAAACAACAUAAUCGCAUUCACAUCUCUGUUAGAUGGAUACAUCAAAAAAGGUGAGAUGGGGCCUGCAAGAAAAAUAUUCGAUUCGUUAACCGAUCCUGAUGUGGUAGCAUGGACAGCCAUGAUUGUAGGUUACAUGCAAAACGGGUUCAACAAUGAAGCAAUCGAUCUUUUUAGAUCAAUGAUCAAAUCGGGUCCACAACCUAAUAGCUACACUCUAGCAGCUAUCUUGAGUGUAAGUUCGAGUCUUGCUUCUUUAAACCAUGGGAAACAAAUUCAUGCAAAAGCUAUAAAAACAGAAGUAGCAUUAUCGGUUUCUGUAAGUAAUGCUUUGAUUAACAUGUAUGCGAAAUCGGGAAGUAUUGGUAACGCGAAACGUGUGUUUGAAAUGAUAAGUGGUUUAAAAGAUAAUAUUUCUUGGACUUCCAUGGUUAUUUCUUUAGCUCAACAUGGCCAUGGAGAAGAAUCGUUGAAAUUAUUUGAGAAAAUGUUGGAUUUUGAUAUAAAACCGGAUCAUAUAACUUAUGUUGGAGUGAUUUCGGCUUGUACCCAUAUGGGUUUAGUGGAAAAAGGUCGCGGGUAUUUCAAAAUGAUGCAAGAAAGACACGGGAUUGAACCGACUCAUAGUCAUUACGCGUGUAUGGUUGAUUUGUUGGGACGUGCGGGGAAGCUUCUAGAAGCUUAUGAUGUCAUCAAGAACAUGCCGAUUGAACCGGAUGUUAUCGCGUGGGGUUCGCUUUUAUCUUCAAGUUUUGUUCAUAAAAAUAUGGAUCUUGCUAAAAUUGCAGCCGAACGGGUCCUACUGAUGGAUCCGGAUAACAGUGGGGCCUACUCGGCGUUGGCCAAUGUGUACUCGGUUCAUGGGGAAUGGGAGGAAUCUGCUAAGAUACGAAGGUCGAUGAAGUUUAAAAAAGUUAAGAAAGAUCAAGGGUUGAGUUGGGUUCAAAUAAGGGAUCAGGUUCAUGUUUUUGGAGCUGAAGAUGGUGUUCAUCCUGAAAGGGAUGGGAUUUAUGAGAUGAUGGGGGAGAUUUGGAAGGGGAUUAAGAAAUUAGGGUUUGUACCGAAAACUGAAGUGGUUUUGCAUGAUCUUGAUGAAGAGGUGAAAGAGGAGAUUCUUAUGCAUCAUAGUGAAAAGCUUGCUAUUGCUUUUGCGUUAAUGAAGACUCCUAAGAAUAGUAGUUUGACGAUUAUGAAGAAUUUGAGGGUGUGUAAAGAUUGUCAUUCGGCUAUUAAGUUUAUUUCCAAACUUGUUGGUAGGGAAAUUAUAGUUAGAGAUGCAACUCGGUUUCAUCAUUUUAAAGAUGGAGCAUGCUCCUGCAAUGAUUAUUGGUAGCCAAAAUAGCUUCUACUGCAUUUGAUUAGGACCGAAUGUGAUGUUAAAAAAAAAAAAAAACAUAAAUUAUAAUAUUUUAGCUCGCCCAAAAGUUGGAAUUGUGUGGGAAAGAUAAUUUGUGUGGUCUUUCUUAUUCGGCUGUGGUUAUUUUACAUCGCAAAAUUCAACAAAUAUUGUUAUUUUCUUAAUGUUUCAUAGGUUUUGACUUGUUCAAGCAUUCAACUAUAUGUACUCUAUUGAUAUUUUUAUUGCUUUAUGCAAGUGAAAAGCUGAAAAAUAAAAAUUAAAAAGAAAAAUAACAAAAAU